GGCUAGUGAUUAUAAUCCGUUAAAGAAGUGUUGGAAAGACAGAUUGUCUUCUCUAUUUUUUAAACAAAUCAACAGUCUUUAUGUCUUCACAUGUACUUGUGUUCCCAUACUGUAAGACCCGUAUAAAACACGAUAAUAGAAAGGAAGAAAGGCGGCGAGGUUCAGCUCCUCUUGAUUUCCCCAAGAGGUGCCGUCGGAGCUGUUGAUGGGCGAUGACAAAUUAUCGAUUGUAAUGGCGAGCAGAGACAGAGAGAGAUCUCGAGAGCCUCUCAUACCAGUCGCUGGAGCUCCCGACGAUGACGUUUCCUCAAAACCUUCUUCCUCAUCUGCUCCAUCGUCUCAUCAUUCCGGUCGAGAGGCUUUUUACAAAGUUGUUCGAAGUUGGGCUUCGAAAAAGUUCAUGACUGGAUGUGUCAUUCUACUUCCGAUAACAAUUACAUUCUAUAUCACAUGGUGGUUUAUACAUUUUGUGGAUGGAUUUUUCUCUCCAAUCUAUGCCCAACUUGGAAUCAACAUCUUUGGUCUUGGGUUUGUGACUUCAAUAACUUUCAUUUUCCUGGUCGGCGUUUUCAUGUCAUCGUGGCUGGGAGCAUCUGUUCUAAGCCUUGGAGAGUGGUUUAUCAAAAGGAUGCCAUUUAUUCGUCAUAUCUACAAUGCUUCCAAACAGAUUAGCACUGCCAUAUCACCAGAUCAGAACACACAAGCCUUCAAGGAAGUGGCCAUCAUAAGGCAUCCACGUGUUGGAGAAUAUGCUUUUGGGUUCAUCACUUCUACUGUCACCCUUCAGAAUUAUUCUGGGGAAGAGGAAUUAUACUGUGUGUACGUUCCUACAAACCAUCUUUACAUUGGUGAUAUAUUCCUCAUCAACUCCAAAGAUGUCAUUAGACCCAACUUGUCAGUGCGUGAAGGAAUUGAGAUUGUUGUCUCUGGGGGCAUGUCAAUGCCUCAGAUCCUGUCAACAGUGGACUCCCAGAUGAUCCAGGUGGACAGAAGAUCUGGUAGAAGCUGAGGACAAAGAGCCGAUAUGACAGAGAUCCAUGAAUGAUGUAUUCCGGUUUGAGAUGUGCUAUCAGACUGACCAUUUAUCAACUUCUCUGGAGUUUCAGGUGGAUCCAAUGUGGAUGUUUGUUUACCGGCUGUAAUUGAAUUCUGAUAGCAUGUGUAACAUUCCUUUUACUGGGGUUUCAAAGCAAACCCCAUGUACAUUAUAGAUGAAGUGACAUAGAAGAUGGAGGUUGAUAAUACAAGCUGUGGAUCAUCUGGCUUUAGACCCUUACAUUUUUCCUAGAAGAAGAGCUCCUUUAGAGCUCCAAUCAAUUCAACCACCUUCAGCUUCAAAUUUCAGACUACUCUGUGCCAUGGAUGGUUUUGACUGCAUCUUUUUCUUAAAUCUCCAUUUCUUCUGUCAAUUGGGAAAAGAAAAUGAAACGACCUUGUAUGUACUUGCACAUCUGCUAGAAAUCAUUUGAUCUCA